CAGGCGGACAUUAGCCACCCUGGGAAAGAAGAAGGCUGGGAAAGCGCCGCUAGCCGGCACUGAAUGGGGGAUUCGGGUGCGCGAGGGUCCUGCUGUGGGGGAUGCCGGUUGUGGUCCUUGCCCACACCUGGAAAGAUGAGUGGCUGGAUUUCAAGCACGGUCUGCCUCUUAUUGCUAUUGAGUAGCGUUUGCACCCAGAAGAGCCAAGAUCUCCGCUGUGGAGCAUGCCGGGCUCUGGUGGAUGAGCUGGAAUGGGAAAUAUCUCAAGUAGAUCCGAAAAAAACUAUCCAGAUAGGUUCCUUCCGCAUUAACCCUGAUGGAAGCCAGUCCAUAGUAGAGGUGCCCUAUGCCAGAUCUGAGGCUCACCUGACGGAACUGUUGGAGCACAUCUGUGAGAACAUGAAUAACUAUGGUGAGAAGGUGGAUCCUUCCACCCACAGGAAGAACUAUGUGAGAGUGAUCUCCUUUGAUGGGACCAAGAUGGAUCUUUCUGAAACCAAAUUUGAUGGUGAUGUGACAUCAAGACUGAAGUUUGCAUGUGAGAAGAUAGCUGAAGAGUACGAAGAUGAGCUCAUAGAAUUCUUUUCCCACGAAGCAGAAAAUGUCAAGGACCGGCUAUGCAGCAAACGAACAGAUCUUUGUGACCACGCCUUACAUCUCCAGCAUGAUGAACUGUGAAGUGUAAUGGCUGACUGACCUGGUAGAAGACUUUGUCUAAUUCUUUGUAGACUACUUCCUUUUUCCAAGCGCCUGUAAUUAUUGUCCCAGCAGUUGUCUUUCAAUUUGGGGGAAAAUGCAGAACAUCCUGGAAACUGAAGACUGUGGAUCAGAGGAGAGCAAAAAGUCCCAAGACAAGCUUCUUUAUAGAAUUUUGUGAAGCAAACACAAGAUGACGGAUCCAUCAUUUGCCUUUUUAAAGCACAGUCUAAUUAGAUUUUUUUCUUUUGUAAAAGGAAAGAAGAGAUUUCUAUCGGAGGAUCAAAGUCCACUUUCCAAAUGUAUGUAUAGCCAUUGUUACUGUUCUAAUUUUUAAACAAAAAAUGCUUUGUGGCUGUAUCUAAAUUGAAUUGUAGAUUGACUCAAGCAACCAGCAAUACAACUUCCAGAAUUAGUUCCAAAAUAGAAUUUGAGCAGAAGAAUCUAGUGAAUUCCACUGUGGCUCUUGAACCCAUCUUAUUAAGAUCUGGAGCGGGGUGGUCAUUUGUAUAGCCUUUCUCUGAAUGGGGAAGAUAAACAGAACUUAUAUAGAUGUCCUCAUUAUAAAGCCAAAGAGGGAACUAUUGUAUAGAGCCUCCCCCAUCUUCAGCACAAAUGUGAACUAUUGUUAUGAUGGGCGUACAGAGGCCGCAUAACAUUGUUACUGUGCAGGGAUUGCUCCACGCUGUAGGUGGAGCGUUUGUAGAACAUACCCAUUUCGUUGUUACAUGGGUCAGCUGUGAUGUGUGAACAGCCGCCUGACCUCAGAUAGUGGCCUCUAGGAACAAUUGGCCAUAUUACAGAAAUUCUGCACAAAGCGUUUAGGUCAGAUAGCAAGCCAAUCUAUAUAGUCUGUAUGUGAAAUGGUUACUGCACAACAAUCUUUAUUGGCUUUUAGAUUGGCUGCUAUCUUGCUGGAAAGCCAGAGUGUGAGAUGUGAGAUUCAGGAAUCUGCUGAUUUGGAGCAUCAGACACUUGGGGAAUGGGGAUAAUACUGUACCCUUCAAAGGGUUUUAUAAUGGUUUCUUUUAACAUAUGUUUUCAAGGGUGGCUAAAAUAUAUUCCAGUGAUGUCAAGAAAAUAAAGUGGAAUUGGGUCCUACUCUAAUUGGCCAGUGUUGUUGUUUUUUUAAACUGAAAAGAGCAGGGCGUUACAAUACAACUGUGUAUUGACUUUACUGCUAUAACAACAAUUUCAGAUUCUUUCAGCUUCCAGCAGGAGUUCAGUCAUUUGCAUCAUCAAGCACGUAGCCUCCCAAAUUUAUUCAGACAAUGUCCAGAAGCAUGCUGAAUUCACAAAACCAAACAAAUCAUAUUGCAAAUGAACUCAGCCUUUGGUUUGCUUCCAUUAUUUCCUUCAACUUUAACUAUCUAUUUGUAAUAUGAAAUAAUACUACUGGCCUGUCUUUUGGGAUGGUGGGAAAGAUUACUACCUAAGACAAAUGAUGCCAUUUGGUUAUUAUUAAUUGCAGUGAUUUUUAAGCAACUUUGCUUAAAAUUGAGUUUUCCCCUUGCUGUUAUUUAAUGUAGCCCACUGUAUUUUCUGAUAGUUUACUGAAUUUGAUGGUUCUUUGGGCCUAACUGGUCUAAUGAAUACAAGCCUCUAGCCACAGUGAUUAGGAGUUGGAGGUGCAGAGUUAGGAGGUAGGAAUAUUCCUUGUCAGAACACCCUUUCCCUCUUCUCAACAAUUUGCUGCAGUAUAGGUGAUCUUUCUGAAUUUGUCUUUUCCUUGAAACAUGCUGAAAAUGAUUAAUUCAGCAGAUUCUGCAAUGUUUUGCUCACAGGACUCUGAAAUGCCUUCUUCAUCCAGAAGCAAUAGUAGUUAGCACCAUAACCACAGAUAUCAUAAUAUACAUUACCCUCUUUUACAGGAACUAAAUAGCAAUUGUUUGCAGAUUUUUUUUUAAUUCAUUGAGUACAUUGCUGUAAAUUUAUUUUGGCAGAGUCCACAUAUAGUGCUUAGCUAUAAAGUGAUUGGUUUGGCUUUGACUUAAUGUUGUGCAAACAUGGCCAGCUACAAUAAACAAU